ACAACAAACCCCUUCUCUCUCUCUCCCCCCCAGCAGUAAACCCCACCCACCUCGCCACCACCAGAUCCUUCCUCCACCACGGCAAACACAAGCAGCACCUCAAUCCAAACCACCCAGAAGAAUCCCUCCGCCGCCGCGAUGGGCGCGCCGCUCUACGGCGCCGUGCUCCUCCUCUCCCUCUUCCUCGCCGCCUCCGCCGCGGUCCCGCAACCGCAGAAGCCCACCACAUUGCCCUCCUCCUCCUCCACCACCGCGGCGGCGGCCGGGAGCACUACUACUACUACUACUACUACUUCGUCGUCGUCGGCGGCGGGGGUGAACUCGAACUCGGUGCUGGUGGCGCUGCUGGACUCGCGCUACACGGAGCUCUCCGAGCUCGUCGAGAAGGCCCUCCUCCUGCAGCAGCUGGAGGACGCCGUGGGCCGGGGCAACGUGACCAUCUUCGCGCCCCGUAACGAGGCCCUGGAGCGGGAUCUCGACCCGGAGUUCCGCGCCUUCCUCCUCCAGCCCCGCAACCUGCGCUCCCUCCAGCGGCUCCUCCUCUUCCACGUCCUCCCCUCCCGCCUCAGCUCCUCCCAAUGGCGCUCCGCCGCAAGCCUCACCCUCUCCGGCGAGCACCUCGAGCUCUCCCUCUCCGACUCCUCCACCACCGCCAUGCUCGCGGGCUCCGCCGCCGUGACCCACCCCGACGCCGUGGUGCGUCCCGACGGCGUCAUCCACGGGAUCGAGAAGCUUCUAAUCCCGCGGUCAGUCCAGGAGGAUUUCAACCGGCGGCGCAGCCUUGCCGCCAUCUCCGCCGUGCUCCCGACGGGCGCUCCCGAGGUGGACCCGCGCACGCACCGGCUAAAAAAACCCGCGCCGCCCGUCCUCCCCGGCGCUCCCCCGGUCCUCCCGGUCUGGGACGCCAUGGCGCCAGGCCCCUCCAUCGCCCCCGCCCCCGCCCCGGGCCCCAACUCCGGGAAGCUCCACUUCGACGGGCACAGCCAGGUCAAAGACUUCAUCCAGACCCUCGUCCUCUACGGCGGCUACAACGAGCUCGCCGACAUCCUCGUCAACCUCACCUCGCUCGCCACCGAGAUGGGGCGGCUGGUCUCCGAGGGGUACGUGCUCACCGUCCUCGCCCCCAACGACGAGGCCAUGGCGAGGCUCACCACGGACCAGCUCAGCGAGCCGGGGUCGCCGGAGAACAUCCUGUACUACCACAUGGUGCCCGAGUACCAGACGGAGGAGAGCAUGUAUAAUGCUGUCAGGAGGUUCGGGACCGUCAGGUACGACACGCUCCGGCUGCCGCAGAAGGUCACCGCCAGGGAGGCUGAUGGGUCUGUCAAGUUCGGCCAUGGCGAAGGGAGCGCGUACUUGUUUGACCCGGAUAUCUACACCGAUGGGAGGAUUUCUGUGCAGGGCAUUGAUGCCGUGCUGUUCCCGCCUGUGGAUGGUGAUGCGGCUGCUGCGGGGAAGAACGCCGGUGCCGCGCCUGCUAGGGCCAGGAAGGCCCCCGCCGUCACCGGCUCCGCCAAGCCCAAGCUCCGACGAGGGAAGUUGAUGGAAGGGGCGUGCAAGGUGAUUGCCAUGUUCGGCCAGCGAUCACGCUACACGAGCUGCCAAUAGACCAUAUACGGUUCACAGAUCGGCAGAUGUGGACAACAAUCUGCCUGCUGCUGCUUUGCCUGCCUCACGAGGCUGAAAGAUGAACCGAAUUAGAAAACGAGGGGUGGUGGUCUGGUGGAUGCAGGGAGCGACAUGUUUUUGAUCAAUAAUAAGGGGAUGGCAGAGUUUCUGGUUGUUGGGCCGUCAGGAACUAGAAAGGAGGAACUGAUGGAUGGGGAUUUGUUUAUACGGAGAUCGACGUCGGUGUAUAGCAAAUAAUUUUCUUCUUCUUUUUUCUCUUUUUUAUUUGUUUGAUUUGUUGUUUAUGAUGUCACAUACUUUUUGAUAUAGAGGAAUUCCCAAAAAAUUGGGAAAACACUUAUGGACCAUCCAUCGUUUUCAUCUAUGCUAUUUAUUCUGCA